AUGUCAAAUACAGUGGAGAAAAUCGGUGUGACUGUGGCAUCUGGAGAGUUCCUAGUUGGGGUUUUAGCCAAUGGCUUCAUUGGAAUUAUGAACUGUAUGGACUGGCUCAAGACUAGAAAAAUUUCCCCCUUGAAUUUUAUCCUCACUAGCUUAGCCAUCUUCAGAACUGGUCUGUUAGGAAUCCUAACAUCACAUGUCUUUUUCAUCUCAUUCUAUUAUUCUUCAUAUACCUUCAGCAAACUGAAAAACUUGAAUAUCAUAUGGACUUUGGCCAACAAUGUCUGUGCCUGGUUCUCUGCCUGCCUCAGUGCUGUCUAUUUCUUCAAAAUCGCCAACUUUUCCCAUCCUAUCUUCCUCUGGCUGAAAUGGAGGAUUAAUAGGGGAGUCCUCGGGGUGCUCCUGUCAUGCUGUUUUUUCUCCUUUUUCUUUUUCCUUACAGUAACAUUGAUGAAUGAAACCUACCAAGCUAUUAAUUUAGGAAACAAAACAAUCUUGAAUCAGAAGAUCCAAGAAUGUAAACCCCACAUCUUUCUCCUCCUGAUAUUCUUUGCUAUAGGGGAUAUGACACCCUUUGUUUUGUCCUUGAUCUUCUGUUUCCUCCUGAUUCUGUCACUUUGGAGGCACAUUUGGAAGAUGCAGCUCAAUACCAAAAGUUCCAGAGAUCCCAGCACAGAGGCUCAUGUGAAGGUCCUGAUAUCCAUGGUCUCUUUCCUUUUCCUUUCUGUUCUCUAUUAUGUGGGCAUGAUCUUAAUAUUUUCAAAUGUUUCAGUGUCAAAAAGGAAGCAUUGUGUACUAUUUAUUUUGAUAACUAUGACUAUUUACCCUAUGGCACACUCUAUUGUUCUGAUUGUGGGACACAGCAAGCUAAGGCUGACUGCCCUAAAGGUGUUAUGGAAGCUAAGAAUCUGCUGUAAGAGUUAA